UCCGUCAACGGCAAAAGACCGACGAGUCAGACGGUAAUUCAUUUCCAGUUUUUGGGUGCACUUACGCAACGCAGUCGGAUUAAAAGUUUUAACAGCUGUUCAAACUGGAUCACCAUCAACUGAUCAACUCUGGCAGUGUGUGGAAAUAUGGAUAUCUUUGACUGAUUUGAAAAUUUUUAUCUGAUUAGCUAAAUUUAUCUUUACUACAGCUCGAAUACAACUGACACAAGCAUUAUACUGUAAGAAGCGGUAAGAAGAUUAUCAGCUGAUUAGUCAAAUUCAAGGUUUCCAUUGAGGCUGUUCAAUUGAAAUCUAUCAACUCUACGUGCACGUACAAACGCAAAUGGAUUCAAAGAAGAAUUAACUUCCAAACAAUUAUUUGGCCAUUCGUAUUUGGUGUAAUUAAUUUGGAAAGUUUUGAGAAAAAACAAGGACAUGAAUUGCUAGCCUCCGCCUACCACACGUGUCGUAAAGUGGAUGCUAACCUAUCAACCAUUCAUAAGACCCGGCAAACGAACCGAUUGACACAGCAGUUCUUCAGUUCACCUACUUUGGCACAGACAUCCAACAGAAUUGUCAUCCAGCAAAGCCAUGGCUGCAUUCGCCCCGAUGCCUUAUAGUUCCCCUAUGCCUUACAGCCAACCGUUGCCUUAUGCCGCCCCACCACCAUCGCCUUACGCUGCCCAAUCCACGUACGGAGAUUCUCAAUCCGCUCCGAUCCCGUUGGCUCCGUUGGUGGUACCGGGCGCUCUUGAAGAUCCUUCCGCCCUAGGAGGAGGUGGCGGAGGGGGUGGCAUGAAGACCACGUUCCUCGCGUUGCCUGGCUUGUUCCCCAUUUUGCUUCCAAUUGUGGCUGUCGUCGCCGCUGUUGUGGCUGCGGUCGUCGCCGCAGUGGUAGCUGCUGUUGUUUCAAAAAUUGGCGGCAGAGAUGUCGGCGAAAAGGGACAAAAUGAAUAUGAUGAGACGACUCCUUACUACGAUGAAAACAGCUAUGGGAAUGACUAUCAAGAUGAGAAUAACUACAACAACAAACCAAAUAAAGGCAACCAGAAUCGCUACCGUCGUCUAGCGGAGAAGAGCAAGAACAUUCCGGCUGCUUCCUCCGCUCUUCCAUCGAUGAGCAUCGGCCAAGUCGAGCGGUUGACCCAGGUCGUCUACGCCGCGUUGAACUCACAGGAAUGCAUCCAGCGACUCCUCUGUGAAAUCGGAUCCUUGUCCCGCUCCUUCUCCGACUCAACUCGAACGGUAACCAAAGCUGUGGAGGAAUACGUUCCAGAGAAGCUCAAAGAUUCUUACAACGUCUUCGCUAAAGCAGAAAAUUGCGACCAGUAUAAAUGUGGAUCCCUCAAAGUCAAGAACUAAAUGCACAUUUAUUUGCUUUUGCAUUUUUUUUAUAUUUAACUCUUUCUUACUCAAAUUUUGACGAGACUUGAUAAAUAAUUUAUAAUGAUUGACACUGUUUUACGAAAAAGGUAAAAUGCUGAUGUGCUGUACAACGACGACUCCUGUAUCUCUUAUUUUUCUUAAAUACAUCUUUCGUGACGAAAAUGCUUUGCACCGUUUUUUUGUUCAAGGUGGUGCGGAUGUGGCGACAGGUUCGACUUGGUCAUAAAAUUGUCUAGCUGUACGCUAGUGUAAGUGUUUAAAGUUAAACUAUUUUAGAAUUCGAUUGUUUACCCACAGAAAAAGUUGUGAGGUAGAAAACAAAACA